GGUGUCUCUCGGCCCCCGCGGCCAGCGCGCGCACCGGUGCUGGGUGUGACACCGUGAGCACGACCCCGUCAAGCUUGGAGGGCAGCAGGGCCGGUUCCAGUGCAGGAAAGCACCGCCCCUUACCUGGCAGGCUCUUCCUCCACUCUUGGCGUCAAACCUUCGUGAACCGGCAACACAAACGCAGGGAGACAAAAACGUGUACCCGCCCCGCCCGGAAAAAAGCGGCGAUUCGGCCACCUGCCUCCCGACCUGUGGAAUCCGCAGUUGUAGGAACCCCUGGUCUAAUUCGAAAUCCUCGUUUAAGGAAAAUGGAAUCGACCCAGAGGAGGGAGCGGACAGAACCAGCGGACGCUGGCGCCCGCACCCUCCGCUGUGCGGAUGUAGUGAGUCUCAUGGGGGCUCCUCCUUUGUGGUACCGGCUCCUUGAAUUCUUUCUAGGUUGUCGAGUUUUUUAAUAUCUCUGGGGAAAUGCCCACAUGAAAUAGUUACUUGAGAUAGGCAACAAGCUUCAUGUGGAAAUGUUUUUACUUUAACACAUAAAAAUUUAGGUAUUUCCUGAACAGAAAACAAUGCCCCAUAUUAACGCCUAAGUCUCUCAGAACGUUUGGGAAGAGCUUUCUGGAAUCAUCUUCAGUCCAUUGUACAGGAUGUACCAGAAAUGCUCACUUAUAACCAUACAUUUUCUAUUUUAAAAAAAAAGACUCACAUUUUUCACCAGUUGACUUUGCAAAACUUCGGUAUUAGAAAAAAAAAAUCCAGAUCAAACCCAGGCCCCCGGUGAAGACUUGACCCAAGUGAACAGUGGGCAGAAUUCUGAGGAUAGGUGUCUGUGGGCGUGUGGGUGCCAGGGCCUUGGGGUGCCUGGGACAGUCCUGACACCCCCAAGCAGAGGGGCCACACCUGCCUGCCACCUCCCAGCCAUGGUCCUGCAAGCGUCUUCGUUUGGGCAUUGGCACUGCCGCCGCCACCGGUCUAACCUGGGCCCCCCAGCGUGAUUCUUCCCUCCGCUAAGAUCUGUGAAUCCUAGAGAACACUCCUCCCGGAGGCAUCUCUGUGCAUCCGCCUUGCCCCAGCCUCGCUCCCCGGCCAGCCCUCAGCUUCCAUCAUCCCCUAGACAGUGAUGGCCUUCUCUCCAGAGCAUCUUGAAUCAGUGAUCACGUCACCCUCUUGCUGAAAAGCCUUGAAUGGCUUCACGUGGCACUUAGAUAAAGCCUGAGCUCCUCGCCAUAGACACAGGAGUCUCUCAUCUGGCUCCUGCUGAACUCUUGUGUUCCUCGUGGUCAACGUGUUCCAUCGCUGGCCUCCCUCUCUCACCUGACAGCCUCUUUCCCACCUCAGGGCCUUUGCACAGGCUGUCCUUGCCCACCCUACCCCCACCCCCAAAGGACCUGGCCAACUUCUUUUUAUCCUGCGAGUCUAAACUGCAGCAUUUUCUCCUGCAAGGGAUCUUCUCUGAUCACCGUCGAGGGGGGCACCCCGUGACUCAGCCCGCCCCCCAGUUUCCUUCGGAGCCCUGAUACAACCUCAGUUAAGACCCUCCACCAUCAGACAGGGACUUCACCUACUUUCUCAUACAUGUCCCUGGUGCAGACAGGACACUUGGCUCACUUUGUCAAGAGAAAGAAGGCACAGAGGGCUGCGAUACAAGCGGGGCAGAGCCGUGGGGACAGGAGACCCGCUUGUCCCAUCUCGGUGUUUACAGGAUGUGCCCAACAGUGAUGGAGGUGAUGCUCUACAGACACCCUGCUUCCACAGAACUGAGACGGUCCGCCAGUAUGAAGCAGGACACGGUGGCCUGGCUGGUGACUGAGCUUUUGUGGCCAUUGGUGGACCAGGAGGACACCAGGAAUGGCACCUGGAGAAAAACCCACAUCAGUUCUGUGGCCUCCCUGCCGAGAAUGCAGGGCCGCAUCUGGUCACAAGGAACCAUCCGCUGGGCCCGGGUGGAGGGUCGUCCUAUGGAACAGAGGCUCAGCUUCUGCAAGACUGGGCCUCCCUGGGAUUGCAUCCCUCUAAGCGGUGAAGAGACAUCAAACAGGUCAUGGCCAAAAUGCUCCACAGAGCUGCAGCUGGGAUGGCCCACAUCCACCUGUGGCAGCUUCCAGCUGCCCUGCAAAGGUGUUUGGGAAGAUGAAAGAAAUGAUCCUCUAAAGCAGGCAGAGAAAGCCCAUCAGAUGGCACCUGCUGUAAUGAUUGUAAGUGUCCCCACCCCAUUUCACAUCAAGAAAACAGGGGCUCCAAGAGGGAAGGGGGCUCGUCCACUGAGAGUUAGCCAGCCUGGUGGGAUGAGCUCCAGCCCACCGACCUAAGAAAGAAAUUCAAAUCGCAGUGGGGAGGCUGGGAGGAAACAGCACUUCUGUUGAUUGUUGAUGGCUAUGCAAAUUUGUAUGACUCUUUGCAAGGGCAAUGAGGUAAUGUUUCAAAUACUAUAUAUUAGAAACAGUUCAGUGGGUAGGGUAUAGCUCAGUGGUAGAGCGCAUGCUUAGCGUGGUCGAGGUCCUGGGUUCAAUCCCCAAUCUCUCCAUUUAAAAAGAAAGGAAGGAAGGGAGAGAAAGAAAGAACUAAAACAAAAAACAGCAUUAAAAAAGAAGAAAAAUGUUUAAAAUUUUUUUUCUCUCCAUCGACACUGCGAAUCUGCUUCCAGGAAUUUAGGCAACAGUAACACUUGCUGGAGAGGAUGAGGCUGCGAGCUGGAGCCUGCGAGCUGCAGCGUCAUUCUCCACGGUGAAAAGUGUAAAAGCCACAGAGACAUCACUAAAUAAACAAAAGGGCAUCCCGGGAACUGAGAGCUGCUGGCGGACACUUCUAUAGCGUCCUAAAAUAGAAUAUGUGUACCAUACACCAUAUAUAAGGUCAGUGUGUGCAUAAACUAGAUAAAUAUUCCAAGGGCUUAUAUAUAUCUGGAAUAUGUGCGAUGAUUUUACAAGUGUACAGUUCUUUUUUUUUUUUUCUUAAUCGUGAGUCACGCGUCAGUGCGACGUUUGGAAUCAGCCAGGUCCCGCUGGCCUCUCUCAGGCCGCCACGCCGGCCCGCAGUCUCCCGCCUCGCCACCAGAGGGCGCGCGGAGCCCCAGCAGCGACCUCACCACCACCUCCCGGCACAGGGGGUGCCAGCCUGGAGCCUCCGCAGGCUCAGCUGUUUUUUCAGUCGCUGGCCGGACUGUUCUGUAAACGGAACGCUCUGUGCUUCUUGACAUGCUCUCCCAGCAUGUACAUUCUAAAAGCCCUUAAAUGAAGUUAACGUCUUGUGGGAUGAGACACACAAACAUGGACUGCGUUACAUUUCCCCAGCCGACAGUCCUGGGUUCUUCAAAGCUAAGGGAGGAGGAACAGAAGUGACACUUCCUGAGCCCCUACAGCACGCUGGCUGUCCCUUUGCACACAGCAUGUCGUCGAAUUCUCUACAAUUAGGUCGGUGUGGUUAACUCCCAUUUUUCAGAUGAGAACACUGAGAUUCUGAGGGACUAAAUGAUUUACCCAAGCUCAUGACAGAGUCACUGAUUGAAUCAGAAUCCAAAUGCAGGCCAGCAGGGUCCUAAGAUUUUGCUUUGCCCUCUAGAGAGCCCGCACUUGUCCCCAGAUUUAUGGAUGAAGAACAUAAAUCCAGUGUGUGUUGGUGAAGACCCUCCAUCUGAAUUCAGUUGUCCAGGCACCCAGAACAUGCCUUUGCUAAUACUCCUCUGCCUUCACAUCCGGUAGGUGCCCGGCUGUGACCAGUGCAGAAACACCGAGGCCUGGCAGCUCUCUCUGACUUGCCAUGUUGUUCAAAA